AUGUUAGAUAAUAGUGAAGCUAUUAUAAGAGAAUCAUUAGAAAAUUAUCUCAACUAUCAACACUCAGAAUGUGUAUUAAAAAGUGAGAUGAGUAAACCACAUUUAAGACAGAAGUAUUGUGAAUGUUUAUAAUUGGAAUCAUUUGUUGAAUUCGUAUUGACAUGUUUAGAAUUAGUAAACACAACAGUGUUAAUGAAACAGAAUUAUUAACUAAGUCAUAAAUUACAUUUAUAAUAUUGGAAAAUAUUCAAUGAACUACCAUAACCAAAAGAUGAAAUGGUAAGUUUCAUAUUAAUAGCUGUAUGGUUCUUAAUUCAUAGUACUAUAUUUAAAUAACAAACAUAAGAAGAGAGAAAUAAAAUAGAUCAAAGAUUCCUCUUUAAUUCCUACCAUGUAUUAUUAUAUUACAUUAAUGGAUUCUAUGUAUCUGAUGAAUUUGUAUAAUAAUAAGUUGAGAUGUAUCUCAACAAUAGAUAUUUAGAUUAUAGAUUAAAUUCAUUCUAAAAGAAGAAUCUUAAAAAAUAGUAAAUGCAAUAAACAUAAACUAAUUUAUUCCCAAAUGUAAGUAUACCUGAAUUAACAUAAAUUCAAGGAGCAACCUAAUUCUAAAAAGAACUUAGAUUUAGAAAAAAACAAAAAAAAUAAUAAAGUGAUCCUCUUGUUCUUGAAUAAAAUCAAUAAUAAUAAUAAUAAUAAUAUAUGAAUAGAAGUGAUAGAAGUGGUAGAUUUCCAAACUCAAUUAAAUUUAAUCUUAAUCAAUUAUCACCAUCCAUCAAUUCACUUCUUAAUCUUAGUAAUAAAGCUACACCAAGAGCUAAACUAAUUACACAUUAAAUUAUAUCACAUAAUUUUAAUUAAGUUAAAGUAUCAAAUGUAUUAAAAAGUUUGGAUGAACCAAGAACAACAUUAACAUAAAUGAAAGAAAGUAGAGAUAAUACAAAAGGAUAAAGAUUAUUAGAUAAAUAUAGAGUUACAUAACCACCACUUGAAUACUUUAAAAAACAUCCUAAAGUUGAUCAUCUAUUUAAAGAUAUGUUAGAAAUGAAACUUGUUUUAUAAUCAAGUCAUUAACAUAUUUAUACAUCUCCUAGAUUAAUUAAAGAGGAUUCUACUGCAUUAAGAGAAAAAUUAGCAUAGUAUCUAGAAGAAAGAACACUUAAAUCAAAUUUGACUCCCUAAGAUGAUUUAAUUUAAUAAAGUUCAUAAUUAGGAUCUAAUAUGAUGAUUACAUAUUAACAUGUUAGAACUCCUAGUGAUGGAACUAGAAUCUAAGAUACUCAUUCAGUUUUACCAACUGGUUAAAUUAGUUCUUUUCUUUAAACUUAACUCUCAUAAUCCCCAUAACCUAGAAUUACUAAUAAAUUUGCAUAUGAAGAUAAAAGAAAACUAUAUACUGAUAGAUUUAACAAAACUACUAAUGGAUAAACUACAGAUGAUAAAAUACAAAAUUUAUAACAUAAUUUACUAGUCAAAUAACACAUGAUUUAAUAACAUUUGAAAAAAUAACAUUGA